UAAAUCACUACCCGACGGAAUAGAAUCAGAUUCAAGUCGGAUUUGCUCCUUUUUCCUUGUGUCCUUUGCUCCAUGUUAUUCUUCCGUACGCUUUAGAUUGAGUCUUGAGAGUUAAUUUUGAUUCCGCGGUUUUUUUCCUUAUGAUUCAUGAUUUGUUAAUUUUGUGAGCUAGGGCUUUUUAAAAAAAAUGUUCAAGCUCACUAAUUGUUUGCUAUUUUUUUUUUGCUUCUAAUGUUCCGAUGCGGAUUUCUCCUGGAAUGCUCAACGUUGCUGUUUUUUUUGGCACAGUACUUGCUGGACUUGCUUUCAUGUUCUCAUCUAGUAUCCUUCUACAGAUCCUGGCAUGUGCAAUAUAUGGUAACUGGUGGCCAAUGCUAUCAGCACUCAUGUAUGUAGUGGUGCCUAUGCCUUGCAUGUUCUUUGGAGGAGGGUCAACCCAAUUCCUUACUAGUCGGGACGGUGGAGGGUGGAUAGAUGCAGCAAAGUUCUUGACGGGAGCGUCGACAGUGGGCAGCCUCGCUAUCCCAAUCAUCUUAAGGCACGCACAUAUGAUCGAGACGGGUGCAAUGCUCAUAGAAUUCACAUCGUUCUUCAUAUUCAUUUGCACUGUGAUGUGUUUUCACCGGGCUAGUCUUGAUGAUGAUUGGUAACAGAGAGAUUGUUGCUCGUGAUUUACUAAUUGGAUUUGUAUGAGCAAAGAGAGAUAGUGAAGAAGAAGAUGAGGUAAUUAUGAACCCGAGUAAAAAAAAGUGGUUCAGAAAGUUGUGUUUGUCUCCCUCAUUUGUAAAGCUUUGUAUUAUCAAUCAGUGUGUGUAGGAAGUUUUAUUCAUCAUUGUGAAUGUUUUCUUGAAACAAGUGCCAAAACAUGUUCAGAAAACAGUCUUUCGAUGUAGGAUUAUAAAACUUUUGGUGUGUUAAAGCAACUUACAUAGUCUGCUUUAAAUCUUUAA